UGAUGCUAAUCAAUGUAAACAAAGAACAAUAUCAAUUUCUAACAAAUAUAUUUUUAAUUCUUGAUUUUUUUUUCAAUUUUCUAAAGUAAUGAAUAUACUCGAAUACAUUAUUCUUUGUGCACGUGAAAACAAAUUUAAUUGACCACAUGUUAGUGAAAAAUCUAGUCAUACUUCAUUUUUAUUGUCCCAUAAUACCGAUGCUCUUACUUCUGAAAAAAUUAUUCAUUGUGUGGCAUUUCGAAACAUUUUAAUUUAGUAUAACAUUGAAGUUGAUAUUGAUUAUGUACCUAAGGAAAUAUCUUUAAAAAAUGACGACCAAACUCAUUAGCCCAGUACUCUACGAUGAUUACGAGCCAGAGAUGUUCAUCAGUGAAACAACGGUACAUCAAGAAAAAGAGGAUGGAGUAGAACAACAUGAAGAAAAAUCUCCUCCUGCUGAUUUAUAUGGCAUUGUAAAUAUUGUAUUUUAUUUGCUUGGUACCAGUAUACUACUGCCAUGGUUUUUUUUCGUUACGUGCAAUGAUUAUUGGAUGUACAGAUUUCGAGAUUUACAUAAUCAUUCGAGCAGCCUCCAAUACGUGUUCGAAUUGAAUGACAAUGAGAGUAAUCGAACUUCUUUGCAAGCAGAUUUUACGUCUUACAUUUCUAUAGCAUCUACCGUUCCCAGUACUCUUUUCUUAUUCGUCAACAUAUUUUAUCUCAAAAAAUUUUCUAUACAUUGGCUUAUAGUUAUUUCUUCUCUGAUAGUACUUGUAUUAUUCGUUGAAACCACAAUACUAGUCUUAUUUGACAGCGAUUCUUGGCAAACUCUGUUUUUCAUUAUCACUGUCACGACAGUUGUUAUACUUAACCUGUCAACAGCGGUGCUCCAAGCGAGUCUUUCAGCUUUAUUUAUUAAAUUCCCAACUGCGUAUAUUUCUGCUGCAACAUCGGGUCAAUCAUUAGCUGGCAUUUUUGCUGCGGUUGCUCAAAUUACGGUGUUACUCAUAAAUGCGUCUCCUACGAAAAGCACUUUUUUGUACUUCGUGUUUGCCGAUAUCACUAUUUUGUUAUCCUUAUUGGGAUAUUUAUACAUUAGAAAAACAGAUUUUUUUCAAUACUACGCUCGAGAUAAUGCUUUACAACGUAUCGAUUCGCAUCCUCAACUUUCAGGCAGUUCGAGCCCAAUACAAUACAGGUCUUUCUACGACUCAGAACUCAGUCUGACUGUAUUUGUCAAUACACCUAUACUGCCCGUUAAUUAUUUCUCAAUUUUUAAAAAGACUUGGAUUUUAACUCUUAGUAUUUUAUGUUGUUAUGUUGUGACUUGCUCUGUUUAUCCUGCUAUCGCUGUUUUAGUGUGUUCAGAAUAUAUGACUAUGAAAUCGCCAUGGGCAGAUAAAUAUUUUGUGCCUGUGAUUACGUAUUUAUUGUAUUGUACGUGUGAAUACAGUGGCCGAUUCUUAGCUGGAUAUGUGCAAAAGCCCAAAGGAAUCUUCCUAGUGUGUCUAAGUUUUAUACGACUGAUUUUUGUACCUUUGUUAAUGUUCUGCAAUGCACAACCACGACAUCAUUUACCUGUUCUAAUACAGUCCGAUCUAGUAUACGCAUUUAUUAUUGUAAUAUUCGCCAUGAGUAAUGGAUACAUAUCUACUUUGACGUUUAUACUUCUCCCGAGUUCUGUAAUGGUACACGAACAAGAAGUGGCAUCUACGAUGUUAAUCACCAGUUUAGCCUGUGGUCUGUCAAUAGGAUCUCUUCUCAGUUUUCCAUUAAUUAAUUUGUUAUAAAAAUACGUAAAUACAUUAUUUUUGUAUUUUU